AUGGUGGAGGUCUUGGGGAGCCAGAUUAGGGAGCUUCCGGCAGUGUUGCAGAGGCUGCGCACCAUUACGGAUGUACAGGAGCUGGAUGCCUACUACAAGGUUCUCCACCAGAAGAACGAAGUGGAAAGAUUGACAUUUUUUUGCCUCCCAGGUGUCAGUGCAAUACCACUGGAAAAAGACCAUGUUGAAGAAAUGGUAACACGAUGUAUAGUGGAAGUUCUUUCUAAUGCUCUGUCGAAACCAAAUGCUCCACCAAUAAAUCCUCAGUGCAAAGAGAUCCUCAAGAAGAGUGCUAGGCAUGACAGAGAAGAGAAAAAAAAUGAAAAUACAGAUGACCCACUUGAAGUAAGGCAUUUGAAAGAAACAGCAGAGGAUGAAAAACAUCAACAUGUGAGUGUGGAAGAAGAGCAAAGUCAGAAUGAAGAACAGUCUAAAAGAGACAUGGAAGGACUUGAAGAGGAGAAACGCCAUCAUGAGGAAGACAGGAGUAGGGAAGAGGAGGAGAAAUCCCAUGCUUUGGCCCAGGGUCAUCCUUCUCCUGAAGGUGGAACCUAUAAGGAGGAAAACAAUCAUCAGGAAGAAAUAAGAAGUGAGGAAGAAGAGAAGGAGAAUGGCUAUAAAAAACACUAUCACAGUGAAGAAGAAAGCAAAGAAAACAAGCAUCAUGAUGAAGACUCAAAGCAUGAGCUUCUAGACAAAAAAUCCCAUGCUGCAGCCAAACGUGUAGGGGAAUUUCUUGACAGAGAUGAUAAACGCUUCAUGGGCCAUAGGCAUUCAGAGGAAAGGGUGAACAGCCAGGAAAGUGAGGAGAAAGAAGAGGAGGAGGAAGAGGAGGAAAGCAGUGAACAGUACCAUCAUGAAUCUAAAGAACGUAGCUUCUAUCAGCAUAGAGGGCAUGAAGAAUCUGAGGAGACGGAAAAAGCUGGGGAGGAAAAGCGACGCUACAGACCAAAACAUUAUCACAGGAAGUACAGAGAGGGUGAUUUCUCUGAAGAGAAGAGAGAUAACAGUGGUGAAAAAAUGGAAUCCAGUGAAGAGACCCCUUUAUGGGAUAAAAGGAGCCAUUAUCAGAAGCACCGGUAUGAAGAGCCUGAGCAUCAUCAUGAGGAGAAGAGGGGUUCUCAUGGGAGACACAGUUCUGAAGAAGUGGAAGAAAAGAGGCACACUGGCCGUGGGAGUGAAGAGUACAGAGAGAGGUGGCAGGGUGAAGAAAGCAGUGAAGAGGUAGACAAGAGGCAUCACCACAGUGAGGAAAGCAAAGAAAAACGGCAUGAGGACAAGAGGCACCAUGGUGGAUCACAUGAGGCAGUAAGACACCAUCAUGAAGGAAGGACACGUCACGGUGAAGACAGUGAAGAAGACCUGGAUAAGCACCAGACUCAUGGCAACAGGAAUGAGAAGAGGCAUCAUAGUGAAGGGAGACACCACCUGCAAGAGAGUGAUGAAGAGGAGGUCCCAGAUCUAUACAGCAGAGAGAGUAAAGGGCAGGCAAGGCACUAUGGCACUGAGGAGAGGUCCAGUGAAGAGAAAAGGCACUAUCUUGGAAACAGCCAGGAGGAAGAAGAAAUAGAAAAGAGUCUUCACAGUGAGGAACAAAAACAAUUUGAUGAAGACAGUAUGGAGAAAGUAAGGUAUGGGGAAAAGGAAGAGUAUAAGAGCCAUCUCCCUGCAGAGACUGAGAAGAAAGCCACAACUUCAUAUGGCCCUUUCUACCCACGUCUCCAGUGGAAAAGCAGGCAUUUGGAAAAAAAGGACAAUACAAGAGGUCAGAUUCGGGAGAGCGAAGAGGAAGGCAGACCCACCCUGAGCAAAAAGAACUUCUUUCCUGAAUAUAACGACUAUGACUGGUGGGAGAAAAAGCAACUUCUGGAUAGCCUGAAUCGUGGGCAUAGCGAGAAAAGGAAUCUGGGAAAGAUCCGCAAAUUUGAUAUGAAGAGGCAAUACAGCAGAAUGGAUCAACUUGCCCAGCUUCUGAAUUACAGGAAGAAAUCUGCUGAGUUUCCAGAACUAUACAGUUCUGGAGAAGACAUGAAAAAGCGUCAUGUUAUCCGGAGUGACAAGGGAAAUCUGAGCCAGAGGCCCCUGACAGAGGAGGAGGAAAAGGAACUGGAAAAUUUGGCUGCCAUGGAUUUGGAACUGCAGAAGAUUGCAGAGAAGUUCAAUGACAACAGGAGAGGAUGAAGAUUGUUUGUGAGUGGUGUGGCAUUUCAAAGCUAGGUGUAGCUUUGCUCACUCAGUACCUAUAUAGCUUGGCAAAUUCAUUGCCACUGAAGUGUCAUUUGUCCUAAAAAAACAGGAAAUGCAGUUUACUGUCCACUCAAGUGUAGUGAUUUAUACUGCUGGAAAUGUUUUUAAUUUGCCAUUAUGCUAUUGAGAUUUGAAUAGCAUGAAUUCUAACAUAUAACCUUACAUGCAAAGCAGAUAUUUUUAAUAUGCUUGUGCAAAUAUUUGUGUCAGUGUUCUUCAGAAAUAUUUGUCUGAGAGUUUGAAAUAAUAAAAACAUUGAUCUAGGACCAAAUCCUUCUCCUUGCCUGAUGUGUUUUGGUUUCACAAUUCUGUGGUUACUUUCAAAUAACCCAGAUCAGACAAAUAGAUCUAUACACAACACUGAAAUGUAAGUUAUGGAUAUUUUUUUAAAGGUUAGUAUAGAACAGUGUGUCUUUUUCUUUAGUUUCAAGAUAGCAAGUGCAUGCAAAAGUAUGCCAGGAGCUCUAUAAGUUGAAUCAGUUAACUCAGAAAUCCAUUGUGAAUUACUGUGGUGUAAAAUUAGCAAGGAGCUGAACAUACAUUAAAAAGAUAAGCAUACUGCAUCACUAGCUGUAUUUUGGUCAGUAAUUUUGGAAAUACACAAUGCUUUGUAACUGGUCUGUUCUGCAUUAGAUUGUAAAUGUAGGACUGGAGUAUACCCACACUUCUUUGAACUGAGGACCCACCUCACUUGGUGGUCCUGUUACGUAUGUUGGUGAGCAGCUCCCUCACCAACUAUGUUGUUUUUACAUAGCCUGCUCCACAGUGCCAGCCCCUUACUACAGUGCUCUGUUAAUCCUGUAGAGACCAGACUAUGGUUAAAAAGGGCUCCACAAAAUCAGAAGUUUUAGAUGCAGGUUCCCCUGUGAAUCAGGUGCUGAUGCUGAGUUUGGCUUUGUUCAACAGAGAUUACUUGCUCAGAACAAUGAGGAGGUUGCUAAAACCAGCUGUUUGUGAAUCAUGUGACACGAAGCAGCAUACAGAAUUCUCCCAUAAAUAGUUCUAACUACUAUGGGAAUCUUGGAUCUAGGUUAAACCAAAUGUUAGGAGAAGAAAAGGAUUCUAUUGAAUUGGCAUCUCUUUUUUCAGUGUAAUGCCAAGAUGAGGGAUGCUCUACUAACAUUUGAAUGUGCUUCUAUUUAUGUUAUAUUAUUGAUAAAUAUGAGGCAUCUGUUAUUCUUCUAUGUUAAUCAAAGUAGCCAUCUGCUUGUUAAAACAUUUAAUCUUAAAUCCAAAAUUGCAAAAUAGUUCAAAAGAGAAGUACCUAGUAAGGGUCUGAACCUCCAAACAUCUAGGCAUAUACUAAUCCCCUUCAAUUUAAUACAAACAUUUAAAGGUUUGAGUAUGUCCCGUAAAAGAUCUUGGGAAGGGAGAUAGAAGUUUUGGCUCCACUUAAAUCAAAAGCAGGUUUGUCACCAGUUUCAAAGGAGGGCAGAAGUUCACUGGGAUAGCUGUCAAAAACUUAACAGAGGCUGGAGCAUGGUUCUAGAAUGUAAAUAUCCCAACAAUAAAUACCUGGCUUGCCUACUUCUUCCAAAUCUCUUUCUUUUAAGAUGUGUAGCACAGUACAGUAACGGUAACACAACAUGCUGUUUUUGUCCCUCCUGUUAUUACAAAAGGAAAAAACAUCUUUAAAAGCAAGGGUUAUGAGCAAGUAGUAAAUUUCAGAAGCUGCCAGGAAUGUGACAAAUCCACUUUUCUAGUGUUCUAAUAUCAGGUUCUAGGUUGCCUUUGUCUAGCGCUGAAUAUGAACAGCUAAGAUGACUAUAACACAACAGUUAAAAUUCAGUGAAAUUUUGUUUUAAAAUAACAUGCUUUAAAUAUUCAUACUUACAUUUUUCAUCUACAUCAUCAUAUAUUGAAGCAUGAAACUACAACACCAAGAAUUCAGCAAGCCUGAUGAUGUUUUAGCUCAAACUUUGUCAUUUGAUUUAUAAUAAAUAUAAUAAAUAUAAUAAAGUUUUCAGCAACGUAUAUGUAUAUAGCAGGGGCAUCAAACCAUCUGGUGCUAUGGGGCUGGUCCUGGGCCAGAAUGGGACCACAAACUAGCCCUGUCUCGGGCCACAGGUGACACGUGCAGUGGCCCAGAGCACAGCUUGCAGCAUGCAUGCCCCAGCCUAGCCCAGCCUGAAGUGUGGCCUGGGGUGCAGCCCACUACACUCACCAAACCAGCGCUAUGCUCCCUGUGCAGCCACAGUAGCACAUAAAUCCAACAUGAGCCCCCAGAGGAUAGGGCUCUGCAGGCUGGAUCUGGUCAGUGGGCUGUAUCUUUGACACUCCUGGUCCAUAGAAUCAUAAAAAAUAGGGCUGGAACAGAACCUCUAGGGAUCAUCAGUGCUCAAGGCAGGAUCACCUCUCCCCCUACCUAAGUCAUCCCAGACAAAGCUUUGACUUUAGACAAACACUGUUGAAGGUUCCAGGUAGAUGCCUCUGGAAAAGCUGAGCCAUCUCUGUUGGAACAGCUUGUUGGGGCUCUGAGACCAACUCUUGUGGUAGUUCUGCUAUUUGUCAGCCAGAUUCUUCUGCUUCUGUUAUUCCACAGGCUGACAAACCUAGCAAUAUAAUAGGCCAGCAAUAUUGAAUGCACACGCUGCCUAUUCUAGUUUUAUCCCAGGAACACAAUUGCAUCGCCUGUUCAUUGCCUAUUUAUCUGCUAUUGCCUGGUGGAUGGAUGACACAGAAAACUAACAGAAGUGAACUUUUUGUGAACAAUUGCCUGCUUUUGUAUUUGAUUCCCACAGCAGAGGAUAUUCUGGUCUUGACCAAGUAUAAUUUAUUGAGGUUAUCAAAAUGUACAAUCACAUUCAAUGAGACUAAGUGGUAUACAAAUACUAUUUAGCUUGCAAAAUAUUGAUCUCUAUUUAGGCACUCUCUGUUUAAGUGCAAGCUUGACGUAUAAACUGCUAAGAGGAUCAGGGAAAUGCAGGCUUGAUGAUUAUUGAUCUCUUGUUAUUUCAAAGGCUAAAGUACUGUAGCGUGAGAGACAGCAAAACAGUCCCUAACAUUUCUUGUUGGAACAUAGAGCAAGGGAGGGGAAGGGGAGCAAGCAGAAAUUCUUCACUUCGUUUCACUUUUUAAAGUUUGUGACACCUUAAGCAUCUUCUGGAAAUUCUGUCGGAAUUCCUCGUCUGGUUGGACAGAUGAGUUUCCAGCUGAAACAGCUGUCAAUCCGUGGUGGUUUGCUGAAGUUGACAACUGUUGCAGUCCAUUUAGUUAAGCCUUUGGAAACUUUGAUGUUUGUAUUUGCCAUGUGACGUUGGAAUAUUUAAGUUAAUAUUUUCAAGUUUUAUUCUAUAAAGAUAAGACCUGGAAAAUUUUUACUCUUUUUCUAAGUGAAAGCUAAGAUGACCAGAUAAUAAUUCCAGCAGCUUGGUCUUGAAAGAAAAAAACAAAACAAGCCACAAAUAUGGCAAAUUGACAACACUGAAAACAUCACAAGAAUUGUACAAGGCACUUCAGAUGAUUGUCUUUCACUGGUGCUGAAAGCUUUCUAGAAGUUUGCUACAUUCUCAGAACACCAGGCAGCAGCCACCUUUCUACAUCCUGAUGCUUUUUUUGAAGUAGCUGAUGUGCAGUUGCCAUUGAAAUCCAAGCUGUCAGGAAUAACGAUGUUUCUACUUGGUGCUGCACUUUUGUAACAGCAGACAACAAAAAACUCUCCUGCUCAGAGACCAUGCUGAUUCUUUCAGAUUUAUCAGCAAGCAGUCUCUGGUACUAUUGACCUGAAGGUUUUUGUCAGAACCUGAGUAGGAAUAAAUUCAAUGGCUCUCAAACAGCUCCAUUUGUUUCUUCUUGAGGUUAGGGUUAGCGUGCCCAGGCCUUCCUUCUCAUGCAGAGUGCACUCCUGUUUGAUUCUGCCAACCCAGUGCCUGUAGGCAAUAGGUAAUGAGAGCUGUGAUGUUUCUAGUAUGUUAAGGACAGCUAGGUCUACAUCAGUGUUUUUCAGACUGUUUAGCAGAACCCUGGUGGUCCAUGAUAGGUCAUCAGGGGUUCCACAAUGAGACUGGGGGUAAUGGCAGAGUGGGCCAGGCGGUGGUGUGUCACCAUUGCCAGGCUCCAUGCAUUUGGGUAGGGGGUUCUGCAGCAGUAGUGAUAUGAAAGGGUUCUGUGACUUCAGGAAGUUACUGUUUCCUCAGGCCAAUACAGCUGGCUGACUUGAGCAUUCAGAGGGACCUGAAUAAUGUGUGAAUAAGUGCAUGUUGGCUGAGAUUCAUCCCAGGUGCAAAUAACAGGAAUUUUAUGUGGUUAAGUCAUUUCCAAGAGAUCAGAGUGACCACCAGCCUCAGAACCUUCUGAAUGAAACUGAAAGGCCACUUUAUUUGGCACAGGCCAAGGACAGUUUUCAGCAAGUCAUAAUUAGCAGCUGAGCAAUAGUCUUUUUUCAAGCAAGACACAAAGCCAGUGCUGUUCUAAGAUAGCUUUACCACCCCUUUGAAAAGUCAAUUAUCUGCUCACAAGCAUGGAAAACACAACCUCUCCCCACAAUGUUAUAGCAAGUGUCAAAAAUAAAUAAAUAAAAUUAUGUCCUAGCAAACAACAGGCUUGGAAUAUAUCCCUAAAUUAUGAAUGCUGGAAGACUAGUUCGUUGGCCAUCUUAACUAUUGUGGAUCUCAUUAGUAAUAAAGCUGUAAAACAAAGAUUUUUGUAAGGCAUGCAAGUGUAUGUAUAGGUGAGUGAGUGGCUGAACCAGGUCUAGAGGAAGACUAGCACAACGUGGCCAUUCUUUUUUUGCCUCAGAAAUGGCAACUUUUGCUGUGCCCAUACUAUAAACACGGAAUGUACAGAGCAAUUUCUCAUGACAUCAUUACUUGGACCUUUUCUAUAUUUGAUUCACACAUCAGUGUUCAUUUGGCCACAAAUAAAACGUUAAUGUAUUGUCGGAUGUGGAUACUACAGUUCUUAUGUUCUGCACUCACUGUCUGGGUAUAGCUUUGUUUCUACUCCAGGGGCUGUGCUAAAGU